AUGGCCGUUGCCAGAUUGAUUUUUGCUGUCAUAUUUUUAGUUCUAGGUGGCGCACGCGCCGUAAAAUAUAAAAAAGGCGAUCAGGUAGUAGUUUUUGCCAACAAGGUAGGUCCAUACUACAAUCCUCACGAAACUUACCACUACUACCAGCUGCCGCUAUGCAGGCCCCACGAGGUAAAACAGAAAGAAUUGUCACUGAGUGAAUUACUGGAUGGAGAUAGGAUGGCUUACUCUGAUUAUAAGAUCAACUUUCAAGAAAGUGACAAGUUAAGGACAUUGUGUACACUAAAACUGACCGAGUCCGAUGUUACGAAGCUAAAAGAUGCCAUAGAAGACCUCUACUUUUUUGAAUUUGUAGUUGAUGAGAUACCAGCUCGAGGUUUUAUUGGGCACCUUCUGGAGGGGGGUAUAGUACCCCAUACGCACGAACUCAAGCUCUACCUUCAUCAUUAUUUCUACUUUGAGUUUAACAAUGACGAGAUCAUAUAUAUGAACAUAUCAACGAGUGAUGAGGAAGGAAAGCAGAUUAAGCUGGAUGACGUCAGCCAGUUCCCACUCGUUGUCAACUUCACUUACUCAGUUAAGUGGACCAUGUCUAAUCUUCAGAGAGACGAACGAAUGAAGAAGAUGAAGGAGAGUGGGUUUUUCCCUGUCACACUUGAAAUUCAUUGGCUCUCCAUCAUAAAUUCCAUGAUCCUUGUCUUUUUACUUAUUGGAUUUGUGGUCAUCAUCAUGACGCGCAUAUUGAAGAAGGAUUUCGCCAGAUACAACCUGGAAGAUGAUGACAACCUGGACGCUGAUGACGACAACGGAUGGAAAAUUAUACAUACUGAUGUGUUCAGAUUCCCUGCUUAUAAAAGUCUCUUCUGUGCUAUACUGGGUGUUGGUUGCCAGUUCCUGAUAAUAGCAACAGCCAUACUGAUGAUGGCUUUGCUGGGUCUGUUCAACGUGCACAGGCAUGGCUCCAUCAAUGCUGCCUCUAUCAUUCUCUAUGCCCUUACGUCUUGCAUCUCAGGGUAUGUGGCAGCCUGUAUGUUCAAGAAGAUGGGCGGUGAGAACUGGGUGUGGAACAUCAACCUUACAUCUGCGCUCUUUGCCGGUCCCUUUUUUCUUGUGUGGAGUGUGUUGAACACUCUUGCCUGGAUCUAUGGAUCAACCCAGGCACUCCCUUGGGAUACCAUCCUCCUACUUGGACUGCUCUGGUUGCUAUUGGGCUACCCCUUGACGAUCAUCGGUGGCAUCUUAGGGAAGAACUCUGCCGGAAGUUUCGACGCUCCCUGCAGGACUAAAAAUAUAGCUCGGGAAAUUCCAGACAUUCCGUUUUAUAAGUCCACGCUGGCCCAUUGCAUCGUCGGAGGGUUUUUACCAUUUAGUGCCAUAUCAGUAGAGCUGUACUAUAUCUUUUCAACGUUGUGGGGUCGCGAGCACUACACCCUGUUCGGCAUCCUUUCCAUCGUCUACAUCAUCCUCCUUAGCGUCACUGCCUGCAUCUCCGUGGCCCUCACCUACUUCCAGCUGUCGUCUGAGGACUACCGCUGGUGGUGGAGAUCAAUCAUCAGUGCUGGCUCAACUGGCGCCUUUGUGUUCCUCUACUCCCUGUUCUACUACACGCGUCGCUCCAACAUGUACGGACUGCUCCAGACGGCCGAGUUCUUCGGGUUCUCAGUCCUCGUCUGCUACAUAUUUUUCCUCAUGCUAGGAACCGUGGCGUUUUUCUCCUCUCUGAAGUUCGUCAAAUUCAUCUACGUUAACAUCAAGAUGGAUUAG